GUUUCGAAGAGUUUUCUGGCAACAUCGCUCGCUCUGUGUUGUUGUCUUUUAGUUCGUGUAAGUAGGAGCCUGUGAGUCAAAUCGACUACACAAUGGCCAAGUCAAAGAAUCACACAAAUCGCAACAAAUCCCGUAAGGAUCACAAGAAUGGCAUCAAAAAGCCCAAGGUGCCGAGGUUCCCUGACAGACUUGGGUGCUGCCCUAAAUUCCGCCGUAACCUCCGCAAGUCUCGCAAAAACCAAGUCUCCUUGAGAGAACAGCGCAAGCGAUGUGAACGAAGGCGCAAGGUCCGCGAAAUCAAGCUUCAAGCAAUCAAGCAGGAGCAAGAGGCAAUAAUGGCCAAGCCUUGAGCGAAAGAUUCUUGAAAAAUUUGGGAAUCAUUGAA